GAACAUUUCCCACUGUUCGAACCCGUUCGCCCGACGACCUCCGAAUCCAAGAUGUUUGCCCUGUCAGAAGAGUCCAAGGAGCGCAUUGCCAAGCUCAUCGACAUUUCACGAGUCGCCAUUCACUAUGGCUAUCUCCCUCUGAUUCUCUACCUGGGCUACACCCGCAGCGACCCUCGGCCCUCAGUCAUCCGCCUUCUCUCUCCCCUCUCUUAAGCGAAAGAAGAGACGGGCAUGCGAUGUUGUACGAUAUACGAUUAUAAUACGGCUCAAGGGGAUGGGAAAAGGCAUGCAACAAGAAGAGGCGAACUACCAGAGAGACGCUCAAUGUCCAGCAUUCAUCAUGGCGUUUGGGUAAUAUGCACAUGUCUUGAAAGAAGGCAAGGCGCGGGACCGGGUGAUACACUAUGACGACGUCGCCGGGAGGACGCAAAGGAGGACCAAAUGCUGCCAUGUACCAAUAAGAAUGUAUUAUCUACUGCUCCGUACCGUAAUUGGACCAUGUAACCACUCUGCGAAUCC